AUGGCCGCUUCGUCCUCGUCCGGCUCCUCCUUCACUUCCUCCUCUCUCGGCCGGCCGCCCACCUACAGCCGCUCCUACGUCAGCCCUGUGGACUCGACCUGGACGCAGACAACCCUAUUCCAAGACACUCCCAACGAGCGGACUGUGUAUCUUGGACCCUGGGAGGUGGUUGGGUCCGAGCAGCGACGUAUCCGCUGGCAAUGCAGUUACCAAAGCGAGCUGCUUGAACAUUUUUUGCCGUCAGAUGUACCUUCAGAUAUUCACCCUCACACCCUUCACUCUCGACAUCGCCAGUUCAAUGAUCCGCCGGACAUGGAACGCUUCCUGUCCUUCAACGACCAUCACCGCAUCAGGUAUACCACAGGUGACAGCAUCUGCGUUCACGACCAGUUCAUCCCAGUCAGGUACGAGUUUACCACCGUCGAGGCUUCCAUCCAGUUCCAGGGCGACUUGCGCAGGAAAGAUCUCGUCGACUUUUUUGACGUCGACGUGGUUUGGUCCAACCUCCAAAGCCGCACCGACAGCUUCGGCAAGGUCAAGGGAAUUGGAGCAAUUCAGAGGCUCAAGCUUUGGAGGGACCGAUAUACCACCUUCCACUCCCUGACUGUGUUGGCCAACAAGACGGACCACCAGUACCGUGAGUAUGACAUUCAUCACUUCGAGGGCGAGCUCCGGAACCGAGAUGACCGCGCAAAAACCCUCCGCCUCAACGUCCACAGCCGCCGAGGAAGCGUUCCCGAUGAAGCUCCAUCACGCCGAACCCUUCGAAUCCGACACCGGGUCCGGUCCGCCGGCCAGGCUAGUCAGACCAACUACAAGCGAUUCAUCGAGACGUGGGUCCACGCCCACAGCUCCGACCGCGAAUUCAACGGCGUCCCGUUUCCCCCGAAUCACUUCGAACUGCCUUCGCCGGAAAUCCUCCCCGGCUGA